GCACCACAAAAUGCAUGAUCCAUCAGCAGAAUUUCACCAUACAAGCAGUAAGUUGGCGACAUCAAGAUUAACCACUCCGACACAAUCAUCAAAAAUGGUUGGAACAGGAUCGUCCUCGUCUUCCUUCAGGAUCUCCAGAUCUGGUUUCACGCUCUUUCUCUCUAUUUUCACUCUCCUCCUACAUUUGCCACCAUCCCAAGCAGUGGUCAGCUUCGUCAGAAGAAGAGCGGCUAACAACUGGAAGGACGAUUGCUCCGACCGAGAAAAGCAUAAGCUAGGCACACCCACCCACUGCCUCGUAGAAUCCGAGGACGGGAAUCACCUGUUUUUGGCGGAGUUGUCUGGGGAUGCCUCGAAGGCUGAAAGAGACCAUGAGGGAAUUGAUGAAGUAUCUCUUCAAGUUCCAACAAGAGGACGCUAUGUAGGACGAAGCAUGCCGCUUCGAGGAACAACUCUCCUUGCGCCGGCUGAAGCAAAACUCGGAGCAAAAAAAGGCCUUCUUUACACGGAAGAAGAGGCGAAAGAAGCAGAAGGGGAACAACUAGAUCUACUAGAUCAGGAUAUGCUGAAUGAAGAAAUAUUAGAAGGAGAAGACCCACUAGUAGAAUGUCCAACGACAGGGUCUACUUCGCCUCCACUUUUGAUGAUGUGGACUACGAGCACAACAACUACAACUGGGAUGGACGUGAGGGGUACUACGAACAAGACAAGACCUGGAGGUGUUGUAGAUCAAAACCCUAGUACUAGACCAAGAAUUCCCACGAAAACCUCUCCACCAGUCGCUCCGCCAGUUUCGAAGUCCAUGCCCACAACAAUCUUAGCUGCUAGCACAACAUUCUUGGCAGCGACAACAACAGCACCACUAGUGAUUUCACCCAAGAGCAUUGUUGAAUUAGCUCCUCGUCAACGAAGAAGCACUUUUUUGGCUACAACAACGCCGGCCACGGGAGUUUUCCAACAGGCUUGCUACGCGCAGCACGCUGCUUCAUCACGCGAAGCGCAACAGCUACAACAGGGACAAGAAUAUCAACACAGUAUUAGUAGCUCUGCUCCACUACAGCCAGCAGAAGCAGCAGCGCGACCACAGCUACCACAUCGUAUACAAGCCGUUCAGAAACUCCGAAAAAAUUAUCUAAGCUCAUACUACGACCUUGGCCCUUCCAUUCUCGUAGGAGACUUGUACAAUUCCUGUGCGCCAAAUGUGGAGUUGCGAAGGGCUACGCGAAGACCUGGAGACAUCCGCGCUCUCGGCGACGCGAGAAACUACUUUGAGGAGUCUGCGGGCUUCGGGGCUGUAAGGAGUGACGGUGGUGGAAAUGGAUUGAAUAGAAGUUAAUAUGGCAUCGACGGGUUUUGGUAAGGAGAUCUCAUCUUCGUGCAUCAUUGUCACCAGCACGGAGAUCUUAGCAUGAGGGACCUCGACAACACAAAAAAAAGCCCAGUAGAUUUUUCUCUCUAACUCCCCCUCAACCUAUGCGGCAUGAUCUCCGGUGGUGAACACACAGUUCGCUGUGGUGACUGGUUCUGGAGUCGCACAUGUCCUAGAUGGUGGCAAUCACGCAACUUUAGUGGUUCCGGCGGUACUUCCAAUGACUCAGCUCGUGCAGGUGGAAGCUCUGCGUCGGGCGGAGGAAGUGGUGGUGUGACAAUGACAGUGAUGUUAUGGACAUGUGAGGUAGAGGUUCUUCCAGAUUUCAAAGAAUUCAGAUUUCAAUUUCCACCAAGUCCACAAAGAGUGCUCUAAUCGCCAAUUCCCGUUCGCAAACUACCGUGGAUUCCGCGUCUUUUGCUAGAGAAGACGCUCAAGAACAAGAACCCGACCCCCUGCUUGUCAAAUCUAUCGCGAAGAGUCGUACUGGUAUGGAUGUCUCGACUUUGCAAGCGAUCCUAGACCUUCCUCCACAUCCUCACAUCACGCCAGUAAAUGCAGUCUGGGUGGAUGACAGACGAGGCUUGGUACACGUAGAAAUGCCCUAUGAAAUGGGAAGCGAAGAUCUAUACUUGAGUGCAGCGAAAUACCGCAAAGCAGUGGCGCAGCGGGCUUAUGCAGAAUGGGAAAUGUUAUCGCAAAGACUGAAGGAACGACGGGCUGCGGAAGUUACGGCGAAGAGAUCAAGGUCGUAAAUCAAAAUCGUUUUGAAUUUCUCAUCGACUUCUAGGUCCCGUACACUCACGGCAUCUGUCUAAUCCUCAAGAAAGGCGCAGACCAUUGCAACUGGGUGCAACUCCUGAGGACAACGAAUACGUUUCUCGCUCUGUACUUGCCGCCCCGGCGUCCUCUUCCUCGGGGAUUUUACAAGCGAACUCACAAAGAUGUCAAGGCCUACCUGGCGAGUCGACAUCGUUAUGGACCACAUAAUUUUCGAUAUUUUUCUCUGUUCUUCCGAUUGAGAUGAAGUAGCGCAGUGCCAGACCGAGGCCUUUGCAAUUCCACCAAACAAAAAAACAGGGACUACGACGGACAGUUUCCUCCUUUAUAGCUUUAGAUUUGUAUUCGCGAUACCCCUUCUAAAAAGAACCCUUGGCUUCAGCAGUGAGACACUCCAGAUCUUGCAGUUGUCCACCGAUUCAGCUGGAUUGGCGUCCGAAAUCGUCGAUCGUGUAUUAGACCGUGAAGAUUGCUACGAUGAGAAAAAGACAGAAAUCGUCGAUCGUGUAUUAGACCGUGAAGAUCGCUACGAUGAGAGAAAGACAAAGGGACCACAGGGAGGAGGUAGUACAAGUACAUCCUUGCCGAAACCUCGAUGGAAAGACUACUACAGGCCGCCAAUGGAAACGAAGCGCAUCAUACAAGGCAUGCUGAAGGGCUUGGCGCACAUGCAUGCCAACAGAUUAGUGCAUGGCGACGUGAAGCCUGAGAAUGUGUUGCUGAAGAAAAAAGGACUCAGUGUACCCCCAGGGUCAAUGAUGCCUUCGCCUAAAAACAAUGGACUGAAGGAUGAUAAUGCUGGAAAUGCGGCUGCUGGAGGUAGUACAACAACCACUUCCAAGCAUGGUGGAGGCGGUCUAUUUUCGAAUAUGACAACGACAUGGUGUAGUUGUUUCCCUCCAGCCGCCAGUCUCGUCUAUUCAGGGUCGAAGAUGGUUCCUUCACGCCAAGCUAGAUCGAUUCUAUCCUCUUCGGGGCAGACCGGCAGUGGUAACACAGCAACUGCAACAUAUUCAAGUGUUAUUCAGCAGAAGUCUGAUCAAGAACAUGUAGAAGUGGUUGAACGGAGAGGAGCACAAAGGACGGCAGGUGGAAUGCUAUUUGAGGCAGACGGAGAUAUGAUCCAUGAUAAUGGUUUAGACGGUCCUUUGAUGCUACCGCCAACACACGAGACCCUUCGAGCAGCAGCUAAUAGCAGCAGUGGGGCUUCUUCAAAUCCGCCUAUGAGGAGACCUAGCAGAUCUUCUAGGCGACUUUAUCAGGCUGCGCAGGCUGGUCAACAGGACCACACAGAACAACAAACGCAAAGAGCUAAGUCUUCUGGGCCAUCUGUUAGAGCACCUUUGGAUCCGAACGAAGCUCAGAGCUGCUGCGCUUCACAAGCGGCCGGGCUUAGCAACGUCUUGUCUACAGCCGUCGAUAACGCAGCAAAAGCGGGCCGCGCGCCGAAUGAAGCAGCCACCGUGGUCACAGAAAUACAACCACAGACAACUUCUAGUAGUACUAGAAUACAUCGCGUGCCUGAAAUGAUGGUGGAUCCACUAAUACUUCCAAGAACCACCACAGCAGGGUCAGGGAAAGGUGGAAAACGAGACUACCACGGAGAUGAUCAAAGCCCUGGGGCUGACAGUGCAGGCGCCACAACCGCUGGAGCCGCCAGUACACGAACCAGUAUGGAAAGUGCAUCUAACAUGAACUACAACGCAGGAUGCUCAACGUCUUUCGCGUCAAGCGCCUUUCAGCUGAACACUGACGAUGAUCUUGUUGCCUCUCCUGGUACAAGCGCAGUGGCAGUAGGUGGCGGAGGAGCUGCUAGCCCAUCAACAUCACCAGCUCUGUGUUAUCAGUAUCAAAGUCUAGCCCAACUACAACAACCGCAAUCACCCCAAUUAUUGCAGAGUUACGACUACGUCGUCAACGACUUGAAUUCCCAAGUCACUGCCAAUCUACAACAUCAAGGUCCAUCUUCAUCUUCGCCUGAUGAAGAAGGAGCUUCAGCCGCUUUUACAGCUACAUCUUCUAGUGGUCUUCAGCAACUACCUACCACGAAGUCUGAUGCCAUCCCUGCUCUACAACAAGUAGUUCCAUCGCGUCUUUUGGUCGAAGCUGUUUGCUCACAUUUGCAACCUGAUGUCAAGUUAAUCGACUUCGACCAUUCUAGAGUUUUCGCUGGGACUGACGGACACCGAAAAUAUUAUCCAAUGUUAUGAAGGCUGUUGUUUGUAUUUGAUGACUUCCAAAUCGAUUGCCUAGUUUAGCCGCUUUGCGCCUUAUUCUACGUUAGGGGGAGGCAGGGCGCCGCCCUUCAGCCUUGGCGCAAUCAAAGCUACGGGGACUCUUGUUUGGGCCUGGUUUCGUCUCUCCUCUUUUCGAGCGAUGCGCAUACACGUAGCCGGCCUCCCUUGGCCUCGUCUUAAAAAAUGAGCAGCGGCGGGCUACUUGUAGGGGACGCACUGCGUCAGCGACUAGACUACCGCGCUGCCAACAGGGAUGGCCCGCACCAGUGUGGGCGAGACGUGGAAGCCAACCCACAGCAAAGGCCAAAGUCGCUGCUUGCCGGAAGGUUCUCCAGUAUUUGCGUGGAACGCCUACCGAGGGCCUACAGUUCAGCCCUGAGCAGGAGAAAGCACAAGCGGCGCCGGACACUUUUCAGGAUCUUCAUCACCAGCCAGGCGGGAGCUAGAGGGCGGGACGCGCCGGCGAGGGCUACCGCCCACCUUGCCGCCCUGUCCGUGCUGAUGCGUGCGGGGAUCUACUCGAGGCCACGCAUGCCGUUAAUUUUAUGCCUGAUUGAACAUAGGAGGGCCUUCAACUGGUUGGAGUGGGGCGGCUUGAUCGAGGCAGGCCCCGAGCCGCAAGACGCGCAUCUAUUUCCGCACUUCGAACAAGCGCGGCCAUUCUAGCCGUGGAGGAGUCAUCAAAGAAUUUAACGAAGUCGCGACCCAGGAGCAGUUUCGUGAUGUUUUAGGACGGGUCGAGCGUACUAUGGCGGAGUGGUGUCAGGCGUCCGCGCACUUAAGGGAGGCAGCAGGGUUCGAGAAUGCUCAGAAGCUGUUCUCCGCUUUCAGCGCGUCUGCAAACGCAGCAAAGGCAAGGGCUGGCAAGCCCAGCAGGGAGACGGACCUCGGUGACAUCUGCAGAGGCCAUUUGCGUGGCGCCUGGAAGCUGUAGCUGUCGCGUGCGGGCGCUGCUUGGCGCAGACUGAAUUGCAACAGGGACGGACGGCGGGGAGUGGGCUGCUGUCAGCGACAGCGCGACGCCAAUAGAAUACCCGCCUCAGGGCUUUCCAGGUCGCUCGGAGUGUGAGGCGGCUUGUUUUGUGUCGAGAGUUCGUGGAAGAGAAGGGCGCCACUGUUGCCAUGCAUAGUACUGGCGUGGGGCCCUCAGCACCGAAAGGCAACACCGUAGAGCAGGCACGGGCUGGUGUCGCCGCUGAAAUUUCGCAACACAGCAGAGGGGGACGACGUAGAACCAGUGACGGAGCCCCAGCCCCUUUCUUUAAGUAUGCAUAAAGGACGCGCAUUGUGUGAGGAUAAUGCCUACGGCUGCGCUCGGGUGGGGAAGGCUCCGAACUGGGGAGCGCCGGGCCGUCGCUCCCUCGGCUUGGUGAAGCCAGGAGGGCCUUGCAGCUAAUUUGGUCAGGGUAAUUUCUGGGGAGGUGACAUCCUCAGAAGCAAGCGGACUCGCGUUUCUGCGGCGAACGGGAUACACAUGCACAAGGCGCCCCAGCCGAGCUGAAGGCCCCAGCAGGCGCAGGCCUUGCCCACCGGGGCUCGUACCUGCUGCGUUCGCUGUGGCUUCUUGCUCGAUCGCUUGGGUGGAGGUGGUUGGGGAGGCUCCCAAAGGCCAUCAAAGUGAGAGGUGCGCAGAUCGCUGGCGCUGACGCCCACGCCCGCGGGCCUUCCGCUUAUCUAAAACCAGCGAAGGAGGUGGGUCCCCUUCUUUGCGUGAAGACGGCCGUCGCCUUGUGUAGUUGUAUGCCUCGGCUCCCAUGUGCUUGAUCUAGGACACCGGCUUGUAAUGUCUUUAGCUCUAUCUAUCAGCGAAAGCCAUAGCCAGGCGCCUUGUCCCGCACUACCGUAACCUGUCGCGGCAUGGUACUACGUCGUUCUCUCUUAUUUAUUCUAAUUCUCGGUACUCCAGCUUACACGUCUCCCGAAAAUCUCUACCGGAAGUACUUUCCCCAGAGCGACUUGUGGUCUGUCGGAGCUACGAUGUAUGUGCUGCUCACCGGAGAUAUCAUGCUAAGGGGAGAUCUUCUCGCUGAGAUUCGCAACUUGAUGACGGGGCGACCGGUGUAUCACGUCCUUGGUGGCAACCGGUCGCGCUGGCUGACAGAAGACGAGGACGUUAAUGAUGAGGUAAGUACAUUUAGUUUUAAUGAUAGGAAGAGCUGGCUCUCUCAAGUACGAAAAAGUUGACUGCUAAUAUGCGUGAAGGUGAACGUGAAGAUUGAAUCUGUUAUGAAUUUGAGUUCUUACUACCUCCAGAUUGUUCGGAUCAUCCUAAUAAAGUGUAAGUGUAUCAAGAAGUUGGCAAACCGUCAGUUCUGAAUCUGAUCACGUAAAUCCAAGUAGCACUAGUACUUAACGACCCCCAUUCCAACAAGAACAACACUCAGGAUGGCCAUGCACAUGGCGUUUCGCGACUAGCAGCUGAGUUAAGAUCGCAAGUUAGCCAAGCAAUUGCGGAUUUGCGAAGUCGGCCUUACUUAGAUCCGUCAGCAGUUGACCUGUGUGGAAGGCUUCUAUCUCUAGACUGGCAACAGCGAGGCACAGCAUUGGAAGUGCUUCAGCAUCCAUGGUUUAGCGAAGCGAGUGAGGCAUUGUAAUCUUUCACUUUGUAGUCUUAAGAUGAACAACUUCUUCAACAUAAGAUUAACGUCGUGAUCAGAUUGUCUAUCGUCUUUGCUUAAUACCAUAGAGAUAAUCAAAUAUUGAUAUAUGAGCUAUGCUCAGUCGGUGUCAGUUUAAGCUCGUUGAUCUUGAGCGAAACGCAUUUUUGCAGUGUUAUACUUCUAGAAGUUGAGCAGACGUUUUGAGAAUAGAGGAAUCACCCGAUGACGUUGAUGACGUUAAUAUCAAUUAUAUACUAUAAGUCCUCCUUAUUGUUAUUUCAUUUUUGUAUUUCUGUCGAACUGCAUCUACAUCUUGUCCGCACGUGUCUGAGAAUUCAUUUCUCCCUAAUUCUAAUAGUUGUUGCUCAACAUGAUACAGGUGGCCGUGAGUGUUUCUUGUUUGCGCUCCGGUCAUGAUAUAUCUCAACACAGACAAUUAUGCCUCAUAUUUACGUUGUUCAUGAAUUCGACUUUGAUGUUGGUGUAAUUGGGUAUGUUUACUAUGGUGCUGUUUCGUGGUAACCGUAUCAUGAUGUAUCAACUUCUCGAAUUUCUCGUCCUCACGCUCAACCACGUUCACAAGACCUUCUCCCCCUCACAUAUUAUAUAUUAUACACAAGCUAACAAGGUUAGCGACGUUGCGUUUUGGUAUCCUCUUGACGUAGUGCACACGUCCAUGGAUUCAUGCUUGGCCUUCUGCUUCUGCAAUGAAAAACUCUAAAUCCUGAGAUGAUAUGUUUGUCGUGACUCUCAACGUGCAUCCUACUUCUAUCUACUCACU